AUGAAGGUCCUCGCCACUAUUGCCCUCUUUGUGGCGGCCGCUAACGCCGCGGCCCUCGCUGUCCCCGAGCCGAACCCCCAGGCCUGCACCAAGCCCGGGCAGCCUUGCUGGAAGAACCGCCGUGCCGCAGAGCCGACUGCCGUUGCCGAGCCUUUCGCCGAACCGGAGCCUCAGGCCUGCACCAAGCCCGGCCAGCCCUGCUGGAAGAACAAGCGUGCCCCCGAGCCAACGGCCAUGCCCGAGCCUGUUGCCAUCGCCGAGCCCGAACCCCAGGCCUGCACCAAGCCCGGCCAACCGUGCUGGAAGAACAAGCGUGCCCCGGAACCGGUGGCCGAACCUGAGCCCCAGGCCUGCACCAAGCCCGGCCAGCCCUGCUGGAAGAACCGCCGCGCGGCCGAGCCGACUGCCAUCGCCGAGCCUUUCGCCGAACCGGAGCCUCAGGCCUGCACCAAGCCCGGCCAGCCCUGCUGGAAGAACAAGCGUGCCCCGGAGCCAACGGCCAUGCCCGAGCCAGUGGCCAUCGCAGAGCCCGAGCCCCAGGCAUGCACCAAGCCCGGUCAACCGUGCUGGAAGAACAAGCGUGCCGCCGAGCCGACCGCUGUCGCUGAGCCCGUCGCCAUCGCCGAGCCCGAACCCCAGGCCUGCACCAAGCCUGGCCAGCCAUGCUGGAAGCGUGCUGCUGAGCCUACCUCGGGGUUCUAG